CAAAUUCAUCAUCUUCUUCAAACCCUCACCGCCACAAACCACUCCAUCAUCUUCAAUCUUAACAAUGCCUUCAAUUCCAGAAGAGCCUCUUCUCGCUCCAAACCCAGACCGAUUCUGCAUGUUCCCAAUCCAAUACCCACAGAUCUGGGAAAUGUACAAGAAAGCCGAAGCCUCCUUCUGGACCGCCGAAGAAGUCGAUCUCUCAUCCGAUCUCCGCCACUGGGACUCCCUCACAGACGGCGAACGCCACUUCAUCACCCACGUCCUCGCCUUCUUCGCCGCCUCCGACGGGAUAGUCCUCGAAAAUCUCGCCGGAAGGUUCAUGAAAGAAGUCCAAUCCGCCGAGGCACGCGCCUUCUAUGGGUUCCAGAUCGCCAUCGAAAACAUCCACUCCGAGAUGUACAGCCUCCUGUUGGAAACCUACAUCAAGGACUCCGCCGAGAAAUCCAACCUCUUCCGCGCCGUCGACACCAUCCCCUGCGUCAAGAAGAAAGCGGACUGGGCGUUGAAAUGGAUCGACGCGACGGACUCCUUCGCGGAGCGCCUCGUCGCGUUUGCGUGCGUGGAAGGGAUCUUCUUCUCCGGGAGCUUCUGUGCGAUUUUCUGGCUGAAGAAACGCGGUCUCAUGCCGGGGCUCACGUUUUCCAACGAGUUGAUUUCACGUGACGAGGGGCUUCACUGUGAUUUUGCUUGUUUGUUGUACUCGUUGCUGAGGACGAAGCUUAGCGAGGAGCGUGUGAAGGGGAUUGUGUGUGAUGCGGUGGAGAUUGAGAGGGAGUUUGUGUGCGACGCGCUGCCGUGCCGGUUGGUGGGGAUGAAUGGGGAUUUGAUGAGUCAGUAUAUUGAGUUUGUGGCGGAUCGGUUGUUGGGUGAGCUUGGGUGUGGGAAGGUGUAUGGUGUGCAGAAUCCGUUUGAUUGGAUGGAGAUGAUUUCGUUGCAGGGGAAGACUAACUUCUUUGAGAAGCGCGUUGGAGAGUAUCAGAAGGCUUCUGUUAUGUCUAGCUUGAAUGGGAAUGGUGGGGGUGCUCAUGUGUUCAAGAUGGAUGAGGAUUUCUGAAUUGUUUAUCUCUUUUAUUAUGAUGAUGUUGUGUUGUCUGAUAAUGAUAACAUUACCUUAAUGUUAUUAGGUUAGGUUUCAGUGUAUUUACAUUGUGUUCCAUGUUUGAUCAAUGAAAAAAUGCCUUCAUUUUCUAGCAA